UUCUAAUCCAUCGCCAACUUGACAGUCGUGCAAAAAAAAAAGAGGGGGGAGGUAAGCAAUUAUUUAGGGGCAAGGAAGAAAGACAAAGUUGUAGACCGUGCAAUGCACACGGGGAGGGAUUUUAUUCAUCUCGAGCGACUCGUUUAGUCCGGCACCGGUCUGCCGGUAACGGCUCAGAACUUCCCCCUCAUUUCCUCCUCUCUCUCUCCCCCCCUCCACCGACUCCUCCGCUAACUACUCCACCGAGUCCCGGGACAGGACUUUUUUUUUUUCCUCCUCCUCCUCCUCUUUUUUUUCUUCCUUCUCCUUUUGAAAAACGGGAAUGAUAGAAAGGCAGCGGCGUGAAGGCGGUUGGACGGAGGGACAACAGAGGAGCCUCGGCGAGACCCGUACGUGUGUUUUCUGUUGAGUUCAUAGUCCCCCCCCCCCCCACCCACCGUCGCCUCCACCUCCUCCUCCUCCUCCUCCACCUCCCCACGAACACGUUUCUCCCGGAGAUGAACGGCAGAAGUCCGGUGAGUCCCGUCUCUGUCUUCACCGGAGCCUCGCGGCGUGGCGACAACCGCUAGCCCGCUACCCCCCCCCCCCCCCUCCUCCGCUUUGUGCUGUUAAAGUAACUCCGAAACAAAAGGGAAAUUCAAACGGAGGACCCCCCCCCCCCCACACACACACACACAGCGCACUGGAUAACCAAGAUAUCAAAGUGACUUCGCCGAGCGGUUUAACUCGCGCAGGAGAUGCAGACGUGGAGCCGCGCGAGGGGCCACAAAGGAGGCCCCGCGCGACCAUAGGUCCCCCCACCGGAGUGUCCCCCCCCUCACCCCCCCCGGUGGACGCCUGUUUGGUUCCGGAGCACGUCGCGGUAACUCUGAUCGUUCGUUGAUCGCGAUGGAUUCUCCUCCUUCUCCUUCUCCUUCACCACAGCCCGCAUGUGCCGGCGGAAGAGCCACAUGAAGGCGAACCGGAUGACUCGCAGGACUUAAAAGUCAUGUAACCACCGUGAGAUGUCCUUAAAGGUCUUAUUUAUCUCGUUUGUAUUUAUUGAGUGUAAUUACAGGAGGGUCUUUUUGUUUCUUGUUUCUUGUGGCAGCUUUUUGUUGUUGUUGAAAGCUUCCAGUUGCAUCUGUUGUUGUAGUGAAAACUAGAUGUAGUUCUGCUGUGUAAUCUUCCCACACUGUAUUUAAACACAUUCAUUUGUAAUUUAAAGGGGGGGGGGGGUUAGUUGUGUUUGGACUUUGACUUCUGCCCGGACAGGUACAAACCGGAGAAGGCCUCAUCAUGGACAGGCCAAUCAGCAAGUUAUUGGAGAAGUUAAAACUCACCGACUCGGGCAGCGCCAAGUUCAACAGCUCAAAGAAAAAACACGAGUCCGCCGGCAACAGCCGCAGCGCCAGCACCGGCACCCCCGGGGGGGGCGGGGGGGGCAGCGGCUCUGUGGCCUCGCCCUCAAGACCGGCCCCGUUCUCGCUCGCCUCCGCGACCACAAGCGACGCAUGUGUUUCAGUGAGCGGCAGCAGCAGGGGAGGAGGGGGAGGAGGGGGAGGAGGGAUGGGAAUGACCCCCUCGCAGCUCCUCACCCCGUCGCCGUCGUCCUCCUCCUCGGCGGGCGGCGCCGCGCCCCAGGACGGCGAGCAGCCGCUCCACCCUCCCGCCAUGGCGCCGCUCCGGCGCCGCUCGCCGCAGCAGCGGGCCUCCUGCUACCUGGGCGACGGCGCCGACUCCCACCUGAGGCGCGAGUCGGGCCUGGGCCCCGAGUGCGACGCCUUCGGCUCCAAGGCGUCCCUCAGCCAGCGGCGCUACUCCCUGGAGCUCCAGCAGCUGGUCAGGCGGCAGCAGCUCCUCUCCCAGCCGCCGCCGCUCUCCGUGCCCCCGCCGUACCCGGGCCCCCGGGGCGGCCCGCCGGAGCCCGGCUACCUCUCCGAGCACGAGAGGCACAAGCGCCUGUCCCUCCAGGAGGCCCUGUUCUACAAGCGCCUGAGCACGGGCAGCGAGCUGUGGGAGGCCCCCCGGCCCGCGUCCCUCUCCCACCCGCCGCACCGCACGUCCGACGUGACCGGAGGCGGCGUCGGGGGGGGCUUCUUCUACCCCCCGGGGCCCGCCCUGAGCCCGUGCUCGUCCUUCAGCCUCCAGGAGUCGGUGCUGGUCAGCCCGCGGUCCAGCUUCGCCUCCAGCACGGCCAGCGGCGGCGGCGGGGGGGGCGGGAGCCCCAUGGGGAGCCGCUGCAGCAGCAACCGGACCAGCGGCAUCAGCCUGGGCUACGACUCCCGCUACUCGGCCUCGGGGGGGCUCCCCCCACAGCAGCAGUGCCCCUCCAUGCAGACGGGGGGCUCUAUGGCCGGUUACGGAGGUCCGGGCCGGCCAGGGGUGACCCCCGUGGAGGCCUGGACUCAGUACCUGGACGGAGGGAUGCGCCCGGGGGCCCACGACAGCCGGCACUCCUACCCACCUGCCGUGGGAAGCCCGGGGGCGGCGUGCUACCAGGCCGGCCCCGAGUGGUGGGUGGAGCAGCAGCAGCAGCAGGACCGGACCAGAUACUCGGACCUGCCCGGCACCCGGUACCAGGAGGAGCUCACCCGGCUUCUCCUGAGAGACGCGGCGCUGGCGGGGGGGGGGCUGCUGGAGGGCCUGAUGCUGAAGGAGCAGUCUCUGGCCCUGACGGCUCUCUCCAAACCCAACGCAGUGACGCUGGGGCCCUGCUCGGCCGGAGGCCCGGUCAUACCGCAGGACGACCCGGGAGCCGGCGCCGGGAGGGAGGCCGCGGAGAACCGCCAGGAAUUCUUUGGAACCUGCGUGAAGUGCGGGAAAGGCGUGUACGGGGCGGACAACGCCUGCCAGGCCCAGGACAGCCUCUAUCACACGCGCUGCUUCACCUGCGUGUCCUGUGGACGCACGCUGAGAAACAAGGACUUCUACAAUGUCAGCGGCUCUGUGUACUGUAAAGAGGAUUACAUGUUUUCGGGAUUCCAGGCGGCGGCUGAGAAGUGCAGUGUGUGUGGCCACCUCAUCCUGGAGCAGAUCCUGCAGGCUCUCGGGAACGCGUACCACCCGGGCUGCUUCCGCUGCGUGGUUUGCUCAAAGGCUCUGGACGGGGUGCCGUUCACCGUGGACCAACACAGCAACGUCUACUGCGUCACGGACUACAACAAGACUUUUGCCCCGAAGUGCGCCGCCUGUUUGCAGCCCAUCUUACCGACCGAGGACAGCGAAGAGAUCCUCCGGGUGGUGUCCAUGAACAAGGACUACCACUUUGAGUGCUACCACUGUGAGGAGUGUGGUAAACAGCUCUCUGAUAAGCCCGGCUCGCAGUGCUUCCCUCUGGACUCUCAUCUCCUCUGCCACGCCUGUCACAUGAGCAGAGCGUGCACCACACACACCGGCCCCCCCCACAACACACACUGAUUUGCGACGGCGUUGUUUUUCUGUGUAAAAGCUGGUCUUAACUCUCUAAUGUGCUUUUGCUCCGUCGUACUGCUGAUCUUCAGGCCUUUUGUCUCAUGUACUGCCUGCUGUACUUCUUGUACUAUUACUGUAGCAGUUAUAAGGGAAUGGAAAAGAAACUACUGCUUUUUAUUUUGUAUUUACCCCAAACUGGCUACUGUUUGCUGUAGAAGAACAAGGGAUUUUUGCUAAACUGUUUUGUAAAUAUAUUCUCGCUAGCAAACAUUUUGCACUUAAAAUUUGACUUUUACUGUAAGAUUUGUAACGUGAAGCUGUACAAUUUGGGGGAACAUUACUGUAAUUUCUGUCAGUCGUAAUAAAUAUUCAUUUGUGUUGAGACAACUUGAUGCAUGAAUAACCAACCUCUUUACAGCAGUCUCAAUG